AUGGUGAAAAGCCCAGUAGUAACGGGCAUUUCGCCCAAAGAAGGCCCACCCGGUACGAGGGUAACGAUACGUGGCGAGUUUCUCGGUAACAAGGCAACGGAUCUGAUCGGUUUGACUAUCUGCGAUUGUGAUUGUCUGCUGUCGGCGGAAUGGAAAUCUGAUAAAAAGAUAAUAGCACGAACCGGGGCGGCCAAAGGAAAAGGUGACAUCAUCGUUACUAUCCGUAUGGGCGGGCCGGGCACCUGCACGGUACAGUUCCGGGCGUACUACGAAACCAUUGGCCCCAUGAAGGAGUCCGCCGUGUGGAUCGAAGAGUCACCGAUGCAAUCGUUGGCUUGGGGACGACGCUCACUGGCUCCAACGGGCUACACACAGGAGGAUCCGCUCGGUCUUUCCAACGAGGGCAAUGAGAAGAAGUUUCCCGAGGAUUUACGCGAUCUAUUUCCGGAGGGUUCGGGGGACUUAUCGCAAGAGAAUUUCACGCCCGGCUGGUUUCUGCUUGAAAACCAUCACGCUACGUCAUUCGAGGACUUGAAGGCGGGCCUCUCUUACCUUCGGCGCCGCGUUGAAAGUCAGAAGGAAGGACAACUUUCUUUUCUUAAGUCAAAUGCCGGCUCGGUGAUCGAUCAGCUAGACACACUGAUGACGCUUCGCGAUCGCAUCACGCAGGAUAAUAAGGUACACGGCAAGGAACCAGUACGUCAGCUGGAUGUAACCAUUCGCGGGUCGAUCGAUGCCUCACACGAGCUGUUCAAGGAUGUGCUGGUGCGGAAGGAGAAAGCCGAUGCGACACGGGCCGCCCUUUCAGGGAUGUCACGGCACAAAUUUUUGUUCUGCCUACCGAACACGGUAGAAAAAGCGGCACUCAAAAACGAAUUCGACAUCGUCGUGAACGAUUAUGCACGUGUGAAGAAUUUGUUUGGCAAGACGGAUGUUCCGAUCUUCCGAAAGGUACUGGAGGAAGUGGACGUAAAGAUAUUAGCCAUUCGACAGCAGUUGCACGGUAAGAUCAAGGAGAUGCCACAAGGCGUGGAACAGCAGAAAAAGAUGAUCAAAGCACUGAUUAGUCUGGAAGCACAGCAAGCCGGCACUACCGUCGCGGGCAAGCUUAAGAUCGAAGAUCCAGCCUGGGAUGCGAUUGAGGCACGCGCGAAACAUCUUGAGGAAACGUUCCUGAAAGCGUACGAGCAGUAUACCGGUAAAGAAAUGCAUGGCAGUGAGUCGAAGUCGCGCACGGACGCCAACGUUACACCGAUACGGGUGCAGUUCUGUGAAGAAAUGACCGAAAUUGCCGCCAGCCAGUUUCCAGAUCUUUGGCGUUUGGGUCAAGCGCACUUCAAUGGUGAACUUCGUGGUGCGGCCCCGCCGAAACCGGGGAAUUUCAAGCGAAUCAUCCUAACGUCGAUAGAGCAGUUCUGCUCAUACCUUCGGUCGGCCUUACUUGCUACCUCCAGUGCCCAUCGGUCACUGGUGGCCGUAGUAAGUGCAGUAAAGGGACUUCCGGCGUGGCCUUCGGCAAGCCCAUCGUUGAAUUUUCUCAUCACCUGGCUGCCACACUGUUUGCGGUAUGUUCGGGUAUCGUACGCCACGUUAAUUCGACUUGAUCUACCCAACGAGGCGCUUGACAUAGUGCUCAAGUUUAUCGAUGAAUUGCGCCUCUACUGUAUGUCAACGAUCCUGAAGAAAUCGAACGAGCGUGUGAAGAAACUGCACGAGAAAGAGCAGUGGGAGCUAACGGUGACGGAGUUUGCCGGUGCCACGAAUCUGCCCGCAAAGUUGGAAGAAAUUUUGGUGGAAGCCAUCGACGAUGCUCAAUCUGCGUGUCUUACACCUGAAGUGCGGGAAACGACGCUCCUCGAGCCUCAAUCCGACGGUCAGCGCGAGCUGUCGAAGCGGUUACAGGAGAUUCUAUCGUCCUUCUGCACUGUGAUCGAAACGCUCGCCUUACAACGCUCAGACGAGGAUCCUCAACAGGCGCCGAUGCUUUCCCAGCUUAUCGGCUUCCCGGCGGCACUGUUGCAGCAGCAGAUGAGCACGGGAGAUAAACAGGACUGGGGUAGUCCUUCGAUAACGUGGGAGCAGCGGCUACUUUGUUGCCUGUCCAAUUGCAUCUACUGCAAUCGCAUUUUCUUCCCGAAGCUGGGCAAUCUGUUCACACGUCACAGCCUUCCCGUGCCGACAUUGGCUAUCGAGAACUCACGGUCCACAAUUAACGGCCUGUUUUCAAGCUUACUUGAUAUGUACGUGGAGCAUAAAAGUGAUCCUCUCGUGGGUACGAUCGAGCCGUCGAUGUAUUUGGGACGAUUCCAGUGGGACCAGGUGGGCCCUUCGGAGAAGUUGAGCCCAUACGCGCACGAGUGUCUCGAUAAUCUAGUAUCAGUGUACUCGGAAAUUUUUGCUAUCUCGCCGUCUCUGCUCCGUCCCAUUUUGGAACCGAUCGUGCAAACUGUAGCCGAAGAGUUAGCUCGACUGAUGACGUGCGUACAAAAGUUUAACGUGAACGGAGCUCUGCAAGCGACGGUCGAUAUUCAUGUCAUACGAGACGCAGUGCGGGUUUACAGCAAUGAGACGGCUAAGAGCUUCUUCGUUGAGGCAUUGGAUGCCAUUCCACAAGUACCGGACAGCGAACCACGGAUAUCAGAUACAGUUAAGCUAAUUAAGAACAAUAUUCGCCUACAGAUCAUGUGCUUGCAGGUGGUGGAUCCUUGAUUGGAUGCGUUCAUAUGGAUUUCAUAUCGUACGAAUAGAAAAUCCAUAGCUGGAGGCACCAGCAGUGAUGCAGGAGGAAAUACUAGCAACGAAAAGAAACUUGUUACUAAAAUGUUGUAACUACGAUAUAAGAAUGGCCGAUAUUAUAACAUUGUAGUAUUUAUGAUAAAACCAAAUUGUGUACCGCAUAUAAAACUCAAA